AUGAAAAAGGUCAAGAAGAAAAGGUCAGAGGCCAGACGCCACCGAGAGUCUACUGGCCAGCAUCCUAGCUCCAACUCCACCUCACAGCAGCCUAGCCCUGAAUCCACACCACAGCAGCCUAGCCCUGAAUCCACACCACAGCAGCCUAGCCCUGAAUCCACACCACAGCAGUCUAGCCUUGAAACCACCUCCGGGCAGCCAGCAUCCCAAGCCCUUCCAGCACCUGAAGUCCGCCGCUCCUCUCGGUGCCUGUUCUCUCCAAAUGCUAAUGUGAAGGCAUCCCCUCAAUCCAGGAAAGCAGGGCCUCUGACGCACGCCGCCCCGCAUUCCUGCUCCUAUGCCACUUGCCCCUGCAGCUCUGCUUGCUGGCGUCGUCUGGGACUGUGCCAUAGCCGCAUCUUCGACGUCCUUCUGCCUCGGGACUGGCAGAUGGUGCCAGGGAGAGGACUCCCCAACCUGCUCACCUUCUACAGAAGAUCUUCAAGGAAACCCUCCAGUCAUCGUAACGCGUGUCCUCCAAGCCCUCGGAACUGUGGCUGUGGCGCUGGGGGCUCUGGGAGCUGCCUACUACAUCAUUGA